UUAUUUUGCUGUUUGUUUUACGAUGCUGCCGCGAGAUUAGAGAAAGUUUAUAAAAAGCCCUCCGCAAUUAGCAUUUAGCAGCAGUCGGAAUCAGUUAAGUGCCAAGCAGCGCGUUCGUCGAGAGCAACAAGUGGAUGCCCCAAACCCCAGUCGGUCCCGGCGCAAUGCAAAUAGUUCCAAAGUCAAGCCCAGCCAUCCCAGGCGAUCUGGCGUUAAUGCCCGAUAGCUACACGGGGGACUUACGUAGUCGGAACGGCAAUAUCUCACUUAUUGCCGAGGAACAGGUGACAAGCACCAGAAGACGUAGUCAGACAACCAGUGACAAUACCCAGCGGACCCUCAAAAUGUCGGCAGGAAAGGAAGGUCAAGAAUCGACGACCAGCAAACGCACCCUCAGCGAGAGUUCCGCUGAGGACGUUGGGCAUUCAGCGGCGCAGAGCAGCGGUGACGGAAUGUGGCGCAACGAGCUUUCCAUGAAUGCAGACAGUAGCUCUGCACAGCCGGAGAAACAUAGAGAACGGAGUCCUAGUCCUAGUCAGGCCAACCGGAAGCUCAGCGAUGCAGUUGAUGUUGUUCUCCGCAUUGUCCUUGUCUUGAUCUUCUUUAAGCUGGAGACGAUGACGGCAUUCAAGCGGGAAAUCCAUCAGGAGGAACUCUGGCUCUACAAGAAUCCCAGGAGACCGGACAUUGUCAAGGGCGGGGAGCUGCUCUUCUGGGUGAUAGUGGCCCCGUUUCUGGUUACUCUUGCCUUCUACUGGUUUACCAAGGACAAGCGGGAUUUUAGAGCUGCCAGCUGGGCCUGGACUCUGGCACUGUGCAUGAACGGCAUACCCACGAGCAUACUGAAAAUAACAGUGGGUCGACCCAGACCAGACUACUUCUACCGCUGCUUUCCCGACGGUGUCAUGGUUCUGAACACAACGUCGACCAGCUUGGACACAUCGAUUCUAGACUUUAACUGCACUGGCAUUGCGGGAGAUAUAAAUGAAGGACGCAAGAGCUUCCCCAGCGGACACUCGUCGUUCGCCUUUGCCAGUUUCGGUUUUAUCGCCUAUUAUAUUGGCGCCAAGCUGCACGCCUUUGAUGCCCGAGGACGCGGACACACGUGGCGGCUGUGUAUUUCUGUGAUUCCCCUGCUGAUUGCUCUGCUGGUAGCAGUUAGUCGAACGUGCGACUAUCAUCACCACUGGCAGGACGUUACCUUCGGGGGUCUGCUUGGCCUGUUUGCGGGCUACGCCAGCUACAGGCAGUACUAUCCCUCCAUCUUUGGGCUCGAAGCCGGUACACCGCUAAUCCGGUGGUCCAAGAAAGAGGGAGUCCAGUACCAAAGGUUAGCAGGGAACGAGGAGGAUAAGAACCAAGACAUCGGGACUAUGAGUGACACGGUGCGACGGCCUCUCCUCGGGGGCAAGGAAUCAUCCAAAUGGUACUAAAAGCUUUACGUAUUACAUAGUCAAUUAUCGCUUUCCAGUUUAGGCUCUUGCUCCUCUUAACUUAUCAAGCCAUCGCUAAUGAAGCUUCCACAAGUAUGUGCAUCCUAUUUGUUGUGCUGUUGGGUUACCUCGUAAUGGGUAGGGUUAGUUGUUAGUCACUUCAAUAAAAUGCUGUCAGCACAUCGAUUGCUAAAAGUAAA